GUCGGCGGCUCUGAGCGAGUGUGGCUGACGUCUGCAGCGGCCAUGGGUUCAAUGAAGGAUUCGCAGAGAAAGAAGAAGAUCGUGGUCGGUGUCCUGGCCGUGUCCAUCGUGUCUCUGAUCCUUGGGCUCGGACUCGGUCUGGGACUGGACCUGCAGAGAUGUUUAAACAAAGUCGUCCCUCACACGUCCUGCAGAGCUCGGUGCUACCAGCCCUACGACGAGGUCCCAGGAUGCAGGUGUGAUGAGAACUGCGUCGCCAGCGGCAGCUGUUGCCAUGACUACCAGGACAUCUGCAAAGCCACAUCCGAGCUGUGGGACUGCACCCGGCUGCGAUGUGGAGAGACCCGGCUGCAGCAGAGCAACUGUCACUGCUCGGACGACUGCCUGUCUGCAGGAGACUGCUGCAGCAACUACAAACACGUCUGCCACGGAGACAGAACCUGGCUGCAGGACGGGUGUGACGACCUCUCGACCCCGACAUGUCCAGCACACUUCAAGCAGCAGCCGCUGCUCCUGGUGUCGGUGGACGGACUCAGGGCCGAAUACCUGCAGACGUGGGGGUCUCUCAUCCCGGUUCUGGACAAACUCAGACGGUGUGGAACCUCCGCCCCGUACAUGCAGCCAGCGUUUCCCAGCAAGACUUUCCCUAAUCACUACACCAUCGUCACAGGUCUCUACCCGGAGUCGAAUGGUCUGAUCGACAACAGCAUGUACGACCCGGUGUUCGAUGCCAGCUUCAGUCUGUCCAACGCAGAGAAAGACAACCCCGCCUGGUACCUGGGACAGCCUAUUUGGCACACAGCGAAGUACCAGGGUCUGAAGGCCGGGACGUUUUUCUGGCCGGGGUCAGAGGUUAAAAUCAACGGCAGCUUCCCGAACCUCUACAGGCCGUACGACGGUAAAGUGCCGUUUGAAGAGCGAGUGUUCACGGUGCUGAAGUGGCUGCAGCUGCCGGACGAAGAGCGGCCGGAUUUCUACACUCUGUAUCUGGAGGAGCCGGAUAAAUCUGGACACAGCUUCGGCCCUGUGAGCGGGGGGCUGAUCGACGCGCUGCGUGGCGUGGACAAGGUCAUAGGUCAGCUGAUGAACGGCCUCAAGCAGGUCGGCCUGCACCGCUGCGUCAACAUCGUCAUCGUGGCCGACCACGGGAUGGAGGAGACGAGCUGCGACAGGAAGGAGGCGCUGCAGGAGCUGGUGGGCGACAUCACAGGCUACUGGGUCAACGAGGGGCCGUUCGGACGCAUCCGAGCCAGAAACAAAGACGCAGUCAUCGACUCAGCCGGACUCGUGGCAAACAUGACAUGUAAGAAACCAGGGCAACGGAUCAAACCGUACCUGAAGGCCAAUCUCCCGAAGCGUCUCCACUUCGCCAACAGCCGGCGCAUCGAAGACGUCAACGUCCUGGUGGAAGCAAAAUGGCUGUUUGAGCGAUAUCCUGGAUCCCUGACCUUCUGCUCCGGUGGAGCCCACGGCUACGACAACGAUGUGGAGAGCAUGCAUGCCAUGUUUGUCAGUUAUGGACCAAAGUUUAAGAACCAAACAGAAAUCGAACCUUUCUCCAACAUCGAGCUGUACAACCUCAUGUGUGACGUUCUGCAGAUUCAACCCACCGACAACAACGGGACCCACGGCAGCAUGAACCACCUCCUGAGGAAGCCCUACUUCUCACCAGCGCCCCCUGCAGAGCAGAGCGGGCCGGCCCGGUGUCCGCUGCUCGGCCUGGAGCCGGCCGACCAGCUGGGGUGCUCCUGUCCUGCUCUGAUCACAAACGCCACCAACAGUCGUCUGAAUCUGACGGCACAACAAGAGCUGAGUGCAGAGACGGAGCACCUGUUGUUCGGUCGUCCUCGGAUGCUGCAGCCGGACCAGAGCUACUGUCUCCUCUACCAGGAAGGAUUCAUCAGCGGCUACAGCUCCGACGCCCUGAUGCCUCUGUGGAGCUCCUUCACCGUCCACAAGCCGAUGAACUCAGAUCCGCUGCCUCCGGUGACACCGAGCUGCCUGAGGGCCGACGUCAGACUUCCUGUGUCCCACAGCCCGAGAUGUGACCAGUAUGAAGCAGCUGGGAAUCUGACACACGCUUUCCUGUACCCACCUAAUCUGAACACGACAGCGGAGCAACAGUUCGAUUCCCUACUGAUGAGUAAUGUGGUGCCAAUGUACCCAGAGUUUAAGAAGAUCUGGAACUACUUCCACGGCAGCUUGUUGAUGAAAUACGCCGACGUGUACAACGGCAUCAACGUGGUGAUCGGGCCCGUCUUCGAUUACAACUACGACGGCCGGUUCGACUCUCCAGAGCAGAUCCAGCAGUUUGUGUCUGGAACUAAUAUCUCCGUCCCCACUCAUUACUUUGCGGUGCUGACGAGCUGCGGAGACUCGGCCCAGCCGGUGAGCAGCUGCACCGGGUCGCUGGCGAGCGUCUGCUUCCUGCUGCCACACGCCAUCAGCAACUCAGAGAGCUGCAGGAGUGCAGAGGAUGAAUCUCAUUGGGUGGAAGAUCACAUGUGGUUCCACCAAUCACGGGUCAGAGACGUGGAGUGGAUCACAGGACUGGACUUUUACCAGAACAGCAGUCGACCAAUCCCAGAGCUGCUGAGGAUGAAGACCCGCCCCACGGCCGCCAUUCAGAGAAAACUGUGAAAGAUCCAACUGCAUCUAUUAAAACAUGAAUAUAUAGAUCUAUAAAUAUCUACAGAUCUAUAAAAAUAUAAACAUACAGAUGUAUAAAUAAUAAAUAUACAGAUCUAUACAUCACCAUCAAGAUUAAUAUUCAGCAUUUGUAAAAUUCUUCAUGAUGAGUUUUAAAUUGUCAACGAAACUUUGUUUUUUUAUUAACUUUAUAGAUUUUAAUCUGAUCGGAAUUUUAUUUUUAUAUUGUUGAAUCUUAUUUUAUUCUUAGUGUCAUGAUUGUGUGAAUCUCUCAACGUGUAUUUCCGUGAAGUAAAUUAGAAACAAAUCUUUUGACCCUCGCUGGACUUUUCAUGAUCACUUUUCAUGUUAUUUGUUUGAUUUUUUUAUUUUGAGAAACUACUGAGUAUUUGUUCUUUGCCUGUUUCUUGAUUUUUUGCACCGAACUAUUAAAACAAACAAAAUUUUAUACAAAUUG